CCCAAACGGAUUUAAGUAUUCCGGGAGGCUACUCAAGAAAGAAAGAAAUAGAAGCCUGGUAAGGCAUUUUAACAAACAGGUGUGGGGACGGAGUGAAAGUGAGAGAAAGGUCAGAGGACAUGGGGAUAGACGCUGCUGAAGCUUCAUCGCCUCUCUCCCCUUCCCCUUCUCAUUCCAGUCAACAACGCCACUUCUACGUAGCCGUCGACAGACCCCAGUUCAAAAUGGAGACAUUGGUGGAUCUGUUGGAGCUGGCAAGUCAUCGUCCGUGCCUGCCGAUAGCGGUGUGCUGUAGCUCCCGAGACGAGCUUGAUGCGGUCUGCUCGGCCGUCUCCAACCUUCCCUUCAUUUCUUUGGCCUCUCUGUAUAGUGAUCUUGCUGAAGCAGAACGUGCACUAAUUUUAGAGAACUUUCGCCAAGCAACUAUGAGGUACCAAAAUGUCAUUGCUCAAUCGGGAGAGGACAAGGAAAUUAAAAAAGGGGAAGACAAGUCUCAUAUGGUUGUUGUAACAGAUGCUUGCUUGCCAUUUCUUGCUUCAGGGGAAUCAUCAAUUUCUGCUCGUGUUUUGAUAAAUUAUGAGCUACCAACAAAGAAGGAAACAUAUAUGAGACGCAUGGCGACUUGUUUGGGAGCAGAUGGGAUUGUGAUCAACAUGGUCGUUGGAGGUGAGGUGGUGACUCUCAAAAGCAUGGAAGAAAGUAGCGGUCUCACAGUCGCUGAAAUGCCCAUGCAUGUAAGUUAUUAUCUGCUAAUGCAUCCAUGGUAGUCGAUUAGAAAAUAUCAUGAUGCCAUGACACAUAAAAGGAUCUAAAAUGAAAUACAAAUUGUGGUCAACAAUGCAGAUUUCUGAAAUUUUGUGAAGUUUUCGAUCUCCUUCAAUGCCAGUAGACUCAGUUGCUUUAUACUCGUUCCAGUGGAAAAAAAUAUGUAUACAUCAAUGAGAUGGGACUGAGAUGCUCCAUGACUCUAGUUGCAACAAAAAAUGUUUCUUUCAGAAUUCUGCAAUGUUUUCUUCUCUAUGGAUGAAUUCUUGAAUCGCAUGGUUCUGAAGUAAGACCAAGUAAAACUCUGAAUUUUGAAA